AUGGUUCAAAGUCCAAUAAAUAUUGGAAUUAGUGAACUAAAUAAUAGUUAUACAAAUGAAAGUACUUCAUAUAAUAAAAUAAGAAGUUCUUUAUCCAUAUCAGAGCAACAUGAAAAUACAACUAAAGUUUCACCACGUAGUAAUGUAUGGUUGUAUUUAUCAUUAACUAUCAGUUCACUUGGUGUUAUAUUUGGUGAUAUUGGUACAAGUCCAUUGUAUGUAAUUCACACAAUAUUUGCUAAUAAUCCUCAUCCAACACCAGAACAAUGUAUUGGUGCUAUAUCAUUAAUCAUAUGGAAUUUAAUUAUAGUUGUAUCAAUAAAAUAUGCUGUAUUUAUUUUAAUGGCUGAUAAUCGUGGUGAAGGUGGAACAUUUGCUCUUUGUGGUUUAUUAACUGGUGAAAAUAGUCAAUUACGUGCUCGUGCUAAACAUAUUAUUAGUAUAGUUUCAAUAUUUGCUGCUUCACUUCUCAUUGGUGAUGGUGCAUUGACACCAGCUAUUAGUGUCUUAUCAGCUGUCGAAGGUUUAGCAACGACUUCUGAAGAAUUAAAAAAAUGGAUUUUACCAAUAACAAUUCUAAUUAUUAUUGCUUUGUUUGUUGUACAAAUGUUUGGCUCAGCUAAAAUUGGUUUAACAUUUGCACCGAUUAUGAUCGUUUGGUUUAUUGUUCUAUUUUCAAUUGGUAUUUGGCGUAUUACAUUUGAACCAACUAUACUUCGAGCAUUUAAUCCAUGGGAAGCAAUCAGUUAUUUAAUUCGAGAAAGACAAAAAGGAUUUCUACAGUUAGGUGGAGUUUUUCUAUCAGUAACAGGUCUUGAAGCACUCUAUGCUGAUUUAGGACAUUUUGGUCGAUGGCCAAUUCGAACUAGUUGGUUAUUUGUUGUAUUACCAUCAGUAAUGUCUAAUUAUCUUGGUCAAGGAGCAUUAAUAAUGCAACAACCUGAAUCUAUUUCUAAUCCAUUCUAUAAUGCAGCUCCAUCAUGGGCUCGUUGGCCAUUAAUUAUUCUUGCUACUAUGGCUACUAUUAUUGCUUCUCAAGCAAUUAUUACUGGUGUUUUUUCAUUAUUAAGUCAAGCAGCUUCUCUUGGCUAUUCACCACCAUUACGAGUUAUACAUACAAGUAAGAAAGUAAUUGGACAAAUUUAUGUACCGGCUAUUAACUGGAUCGUAAUGUUAAUGACAAUAGCAAUAACUUUAUAUUUUCGUAGUAGUGAACAAUUAGCACAUGCUUAUGGUGUAACUGUCUGUUCCGAUAUGUUGAUUACAACAAUACUCUAUAUGUGUGUUAUACGUUACGUAUGGAAACAUCAUUGGUUAAAUGUGAUUCUUUUUGGUUUAUUUAUUUUUAUUGAUAUAUCUUUUCUUGCUGCAAAUGCUAUUAAAUUUUUUGAAGGUGCAUGGGUAGCUUUAUUAAUUGCUAUAUUCUUUUUUAUUAUUGGUUUUUCUUGGUAUUAUGGUCAAACAUUACUUCGACAAUAUCUUCAUUUUAAUGCUCAAACAACUGCACUUUUUCAAUUACCAACUCGUCUUGGCUUUUUAAAUGAAGUCAAUGUAUCUAUAAUAGAAGCUAAACAUCAAGAAUAUCUACAAUCAACAAGUUUAGCACUUGAACGACGAACAAUAUAUAGUGAUGACGAAGAUGAAUGUAAAUCAGUACCUUUAAUAAAUGUACUUCCACCAUCAACAACAUCAUUGAAUAUCUCAGAUGGUGAGACUCAUUUCCCAAUCAAUAAUGGCUACAAGAGAAAUACAUUUCGAACAAGUUUAACAGGUAAUGUUACCUUUACAGUUACACCUGGUCUUGGUGUUUUUUUAACAACAUCAUCAAGACAUACUCCACAUGUAUUCGAACGUGUAUUAGCACGUGUUCAUGCACUUCCAGAAACAGCAGUCUUUCUUAAAUUAGAAUAUGCACGAAUACCAAUUGUUGAUAUAAGUCAAAGAUUAAAAAUUCAAAAGUAUGGUUCAGAUCAACGACAUUUUUAUCAUAUAACAGCACGUUAUGGAUAUUCAGAACAUAAAAUUCAUCCACUCGAUAUCUUAGAAUUAGCCGCUAAAGAACAUGGUAUUCCAAUACCUGAAAGUCGUAAUAUAACAUUUUUUAUUCCAGCAAUAACUAUUCGUGUUAUACAAAAAGGUUGGCGUGUUAUACCAUGUAGAUUAAUAUUAAGUAUCUAUUCGAUAUUGAAAAAUAUUUUUCCAUUUGGUCAAAAAAAUUUACAUCUUUCACCUGAUCAUACAGUUAGUGUUGGCAUGGUUGUACCUUUGUAA